AGUGGUUCGGUCCCGGAGUCCGGACUCGGUUCCCGUGGGCGUGACUGACAGGUCGCUAGUCCUGAGGGCGAUGUCAGGCUCCGAGCGGCUGGGCAGGAGAGGGCAGCAGGAAUGCACCAGGCCGAAGCUGGACCUUCUGCUGGUGAAACGAUUCUUCCGCAUCCAGGCAAUCCUCUUCCCCUCUUGGUCGUCCCAGAGUGUGCUGAUGUUCGCCACGCUGCUCUUUGUUGCCUUGCUUGAGCAACUGGUGGUUUAUCAAGUGGGAAUUGUUCCCAGCCGCUUCUUCAAAGUUCUGGGAAGCAAGGAUCUAGUUGGUUUCAGAGAACUUACCUCCAUUGCCAUCUGCCUCAUCGUGGCCAACUCUCUGCUGAAGAGUUUUGACCAGUACAUCUCGAACCUGUUGUAUGUCAGAUGGAGGCAGAACCUGACGCAGAACCUGCACCAGAGCUACUUCAGGAGGAAGGUCUACUACAGUCUAAAUGUGCUCCACACCAGCCUGGAUAACCCGGACCAGCGUAUCAGCCAGGAUGUGGAGCGGUUCUGCAGAGGGAUGGGAACAAUGGCCACCAACCUCAUCAUCUCGCCCUUCACCCUGAGUUACUACACCUACCAGUGCUUUUACAGUACAGGUUGGUUGGGGCCCGUUACCAUCUUCAUUUACUUCCUCAUUGGCUCAGUGGUCAACAAGGCUCUGAUGGGGCCGAUUAUACCAACCCUCGUCCAACAGGAGAAGCUGGAGGGAGACUUCAGGUUCAAGCACAUGCAGAUCCGUGUCAAUGCCGAGUCGGUGGCUUUCUACCGAGCUGGGCAAGUGGAGCACAUGCGGACCCACAGGAUACUCCAGGAAUUGCUCCGAACGCAGCGGAAACUGAUGGGCCGGGAACUGUGGCUCUACAUCGGGGUGAACAUAUUUAAUUACUUGGGCAGUAUCGUCAGCUACCUGGCCAUAGCCAUCCCCAUCUUCGCAGGACGGUACGACGCCCUUUCCCCAGCGGAUCUCAUUGAGCUCAUCAGCAAGAACGCCUUCGUGUCCAUCUACCUGAUCAACUGUUUCAGCCGCCUGAUUGACCUCUCCACCACCAUGUCCGACCUCGCGGGCUACGCACACAGAAUCGGGGAACUACAAGAGGUGAUUGUUAAGCUCUCCAUGUUGCACCAGACAGGCAAGCGCUCAGCAGACAGACACCCACCCGGAUCUGAGGAGAGCAGCAUGGAUUCGGAAGAGGAGGAGGAGGAGAAGGACUCCAACCACACGGCUUUUACACUGGACCAGGUGUCCUUUACCUCCCUGUCCUCUGAGGAGCUGUUGGUGAGGAACUUAACACUGGAGGUCAGCACAGGACACAACCUGCUGGUCACGGGCAACACAGGCACAGGGAAGACCACCCUGUUACGGGUACUGAACGGAUUAUGGAAGAUUGCCCACGGCUCUGUCCACAUGGCAACUUGCUUUGGGCCCCGUGGGAUACUCUUUCUCCCCCAGAAGUCAUACUUCACUGAUGGAACCCUCAGGGAGCAGGUGAUUUACCCUUUGAAGGAAAUUUACCCUGUAACAGGUUCAGCAGAUGACAAGAGAAUCAUCCACUUCUUGGAGGUGACUGGAUUGGAGUCCCUCCUGAAGAGGACCGGUGGGCUGGAUGAGCAAGUCGAUUGGAAUUGGUAUGACGCGUUGUCUCCAGGAGAAAUGCAGCGGUUGUCCUUCACCCGACUCUUAUAUCACCAGCCCAAGUAUGCAGUUUUAGAUGAAGCUACAAGUGCCCUGACGGAAGAGACGGAAGCUGAGCUGUACCACAUCUGUAAACAGCUGGGGAUGACAGUCGUCAGCGUGGGACACCGUAGUAGUUUGGAGAAGCAUCAUGACUCUGUGUUGAACCUGCUGGGAGGUGGAAGGUGGGAGCUGACCGAAGUCCAGCACAGCAGCUGAUCUCUCCUAGGGCCAGACUUGCAUGCAAUCCAGCUGAUGCCUCGUCACACGAUCACGUGCCCAGAUUGGAGCCUCUACCUCACAUUCCCUCCCCUCCUCUUUUACUUCACAGGAGGGAGGUUUACAAUACUUUGGUAAAUUUUGAUCAUCAAUGCCAUGGGAACACCAGCACUCUUACCUCCAUGGCUAAGAGGACAAUAUUGUACAAUCUUGUAUUUCAGUAUUAACUUGGAUCCCCUCUUGUCAAAUGUCUACUCAAACUAAUUCUACCUCAGCCUCCAGAGGAAGAGACUCUGUUUUGCUAAGAACUACUGAAUAAUGCUGUAAAGAACCUUCUUAAAUCAUGGCUUUAGUUCUCCUUGCCCUCCUAUGACAGAUAUGAACGGAGGCUCAGACUCAGUUUGGAGAGUUGGGUCCGCACCCCGCGCGUUUCAGUUUUUAACUAACCGUUCAGAAUGGAUGGAGAGGGAGGGUUGAUGAGUUGCAAAAUACUUCGGAGAAUUUUAUUGAAAUGUGCAUUGAGGAUGAAGUACUUGAUUGACACUCUUUCAAAACCAUGUGCAAGUUAUUAAGAGGAUUAUUUUUAAAAAGUUUUGAAGUGUAGCUGGGUGUUAGUAGGCUGAUUAUUGUGGCAUUGAACAGUUCAAGCUUGACUUUAACACAGUGCUGCAGACUACUUAGGGAGUGUACAGCUGAAGAGAGUGUGGCAUUCUGUGAUGGCUUCUAGAUUCCAGAGGUCCUCCACUGUAUUGUCCUCAUUGUGGUCGUCUUGCUCUCUCUGCUGAGGGUUACAUAUUAGAAAAAAAAUGACUGAUAAAACUGCACCACUGUAAAUAGGCCCUGCCUGUCCCUCCUUGCUUGGCAUUAUUGUUAGAGCAAGUCAUAGAGUCAAACAGCACAGAAACAGGGCCUUUGGCCCAACUGGUCCAUGCUGACCAAGCAUCCAGUCUAAGCUUAUCCUAUUUGCCCAUGUUUGGCCCAUUUCUCUGAGACUUUCUUAUCCAUGUAACUGUCCAAGUGCCUUUUAAGUAUUGGUAACAUACUGCAGCUGCCCCAACCACUUCCUUUAGCACCUUUUUCCGUAUGUGGACCACUCUUGGUGGAAGAAGUUACCCCUCAGCCUCCUAUUACUCCCUCCUCACCUUAAACACACACAGAGUUCUUGAUUUCCAGACCCUGAGGAAAAGACUGUGUGCAUUUGCCCCAUCUAUGCCCCAACUAGCUAAAACUCAGACCUCCAAAAGCCAACCACUCCACAAUGCUGGAGGACCUCAGCAGCAUCUUUGGAGGGGAGGGGAAUAAACAGUUGUCGUUUCAGACCGAGACAUAUUGGGAACAUCGGAAAUGUCAAUUGCUUACUCCCAUCCAUAGAUGCUGCCUGAUCUGCUGAGUUCCACCAGCAUUUUGUGUGUUGGCCAGGCUUUCCAGCAUCUGCAGAAUCUCUUGUGUUUAUGAUUCACAGAGGUACUGUUGUGUUGUCUCUUUAAGUCGUCAGUUUCAGGACGGAGGCGAUAAACUAGGAGACCCAGAGAAAAAAUACACGUUGCUAACAUUGUAAUGCUGACUCCAUCAUGGCACUCCUAAACACCCACCAAGGCACCUCAACUGAAUAUCCUAAUCAUGCUUAAACAGUAAAAUAAUUAAAUAAGUCUCAGUAACAAAUGGCUUGUGUCACUGUCAAAGGUGAGAAAGGUUAAAAAAAAAUCUUCAAACUCCACAUAAAAGACUUGCUGAGACUGGGAAUCUUGCUCAACAAGCUGGUUAAAAGGGAGAACGUUGUUCAGAGUCACUCACAGUAGGGAGGAAACAGGUGCUUGAUGUUACUGGACCAAUACUAGGAAACUAAGAGCAACACACACAAAAUGUUGGAGGCACUCAGGAAGUCAAUAUGCACGGAAAGGAAUAAGCAGUCAACAUUUCAGGCUUGAUGAAGGAUCUCAGUCUGAAAUGCAACUGUAUUCCACUCUAUCGAUGCUGCCUGACCUGCUGAGUACUUCAAACAUUUUGUGAGAAUUGCUUUGGGUUUCCAGCAACUGCAGAAUCUCUUGUGACUCGCAAAUGAAACCUGCGGAAAUGAAAACCCACUGACUUGGAAAUACUUUUCUGCCCAGAUUCUCUCUCUCUGAGUAUCAAUGAGUAUUUCUGUCAUUUUCUGUUUCUAUUUAAGGAAAGAUGGAGUGAGGAAAUCAGGUAGGUUUUAAAGCAAUUAUGGAAUCAUUAGUUAAAUUGAGAAGGCAGUUCAGGGAAAACAACUAUCAAAUGACAGACAACACACAUAAAAGUUGCUGGUG